CUGGACAGACAAGCAGCAUACACUACAAGGGCUGCACAGAGACCUCACACCACUACCUCUUGACUUUAUCAGACAAUACACACAGAACUAUGGUACUGCCAGCGGGCAUCUCAGCAGACACCUCCACGCCUAUGGAGUUAGCACCACACGAUACCUCCAGACUCACUACAGGGACACUCAGAGCUGGUUCCUAUUUGUUUCCAUGGUAGCUGACCUGCGGAACACCCUCUUUGUUUUCUUCCUUGUGUGUUUCCACCUGCGGGAAUCAGUGGGGAUCAAGCUGGUCUGGGUGGCUGUGGUGGGAGACUGGCUCAACCUUAUCUUCAAAUGGAAGUCCGUCGGGUCAUGCCAUGAGUGCUGCAGGGGUUUACUACGCUAUGAUCUCAUCACUCCUCGCCAUCCUCCUCAAGGAACAUGGGGGUCACAUCAAGAACUGGUGUGUCCGCGGGACCCUGUGGGCUGUCUUCUGGUGUGUGCAGGUGUGUGUCUGUCUCUCCAGGGUUUUCAUCGCUGCCCACUUCCCUCACCAGGUUGUCGCUGGGGUCGUCACAGGCAUCCUAGUGGCGGAGACCUUUGACCGGGUCCACUGGAUCUACAGGGCUAGCCUGAGGCGCUACGUCUACACCACCCUCUCCCUGCUCUCCUUCGCUGUGGGCCUUUACCUGGUCCUCAGGGGCCUGGGGGUGGACCUGCUCUGGACCCUGGACAAAGCCCAGCGCUGGUGCCAGCGGCCCCAAUGGGUCCACAUAGACACUACACCCUUCGCCAGCCUCCUGCGCAACACCGGCACUCUGUUAGGCCUGGGCUUGGGCUUGCACUCGCCCCUCUACGCCGAGGCCCGGAGAGUAGGCGGUGCCACAUAUAGGCUGGCAUGCGUGGGCGCCACACUGCUGCUGCUCCACCAACUGGACUCAUUCAGGCCUCCAGCCCACACCAGGGCUCUGUUCUACCUGCUGUCCUUCUGUAAGAGUGCCACUGUGCCCCUGGCCACUGUGGGCAUAGUGCCCUACUGCGUGGCCGAGGCAGCGGGACGGAACGGAAAGAAACACCAGUUUUGAACUAAUUCAAACUUAUUGUAAUUCUGUGAGAAAUGCCAUGAAGGGACAGACAGAGGCGGACUGUCAUAGGAG